UCUGGAGUUUCUGUCACUUCUGUCUAAUCAGUCUGAGAAUGUGGCAGCAGUGUUUCUGUCUCAUUCUGACGAUGAUCAUCUCAGGGUCUCUCUCAGUUUCCUGGGACAUGAAGGUGUCUCCGGUGGUCUCUGUCCCCAGAGGAGAGGACGCCGUCCUCAGCUGCUCCUUCACCCAUCCCAGACAGCAGGACUACUCCGGACCGAUCACUGUGAAAUGGAUCGCCAGAGAAACAAACGCUCUCCCGUUCUUCAAGUGUUCGGUAAGAAAUGACUCCAUGGAGGAACUCAAAGACUGUUCAGGUUCUGAAUUAAAACAUUCCCUGAGGGGAGAUCCUCGACAGGGAGAUCUGUCCCUGGUCAUAAGGAAGGUUCAUGUGGCUGAUAGCGGGCCGUACUUCUGCAGAGUGGAGCUGGACGGCUGGAGGCAGAAUCAACAAGGAGAGACACGUCUUCGUGUUACAGUUAAACCUCAGAUCCUGAGCCUCUCUGUGGUUGAGCCGAGCUCAGACAGCACCACCCGCAGGCUGCAGUGUGAGGUGGAGGGCAACCCGCCGCCCAGCAUCACCUGGCUGUCAGCCUCCAGAGGCCUGCUGACAGACCAGGUCUUUACCUCUGAGGUGAACCUGGAGAAGCUGUCCAGCUCUGUGCCGUACGUGGAGGGGGAGGUGUUCACCUGCAGGGUGGAGAACAUGCUGGGUGGAGCAGAGAGGAGAUAUCCAGCUGAUAAUACUCUGAUCAUAACUCUGAGUGUGUGUGGCCUCAUCGUCCUGCUGCUGCUGUGUGCAGGAAUCAUCUGCUGCUCCAGAAAGAAAGGUCGUUUCAGAUCGACUGAGUGACAACAGUACUAAUGUAUUUAGUUACAUUCAGUCUCUGAGGAAGAAGAAACAAACAGCCGUCCCUCCAACUGUCGACAUUUGUGUUCCUGUUUCCAUGUUGAGGGAGAAAAUCAUCGACUGCGACGCUCCGACUGUCCAGCUGGAGGCGACGUUGAGCUUCACUAGUUGCUCACUGAGAGCAACUUUUCUUUUCACUUUCUAAGUCUUUGUUAACAUUCACACACACACCUCUCGCUCUGCCCUUAUUUAAAGCAACAUUAUGUGGAAGUUGUGCAACUCCACUGUGGUGUGAACAGAUCCAGGGUCAGUUACUGUUUAUCAGAAGUAUCGCAGCUGCUAACUACAAACUAAACUCAUGACAUCAUGACACUGUUGAAGACUUGAGGUGAACGUGUCUGUCAGCCUGUUAACAUGACGCAGAUGGUUUAAAGGUUUAAAGGUUGUUUAAAAGUUGUGAACUGAAGCUGCAGCUUCAGCUGAGUUAUUCAUAGAAGUAGUCUGAGAACAUUUAAGACAGGAAGUAGCUGACUCACACUUCUUGUGGGGGUGAAGGUCUGUUUUUAAGAGAGAGCAGUAGAAAGAGGAGCAAACUAAAAGUCGACACAAAACAAAGAGAAUUAACGAUGCAACAUUCAGAUGUCACAUGAGGUCAGGACUACAAAGAUGUCCGCCAGAUUAUUCCAAAACAAACAACAUGUAAAGUCCCCAUGAAGACACAAAUGAUGUUGAGCUGUUUUUAUCUGAGCUGUCUGGCUCCAUAUCUCCCCUUCACUCCAGCACCAGGCCCAACAGAACACACGUUACACAUUAAUAUUAAUCUGUAGAGAUUAUAUAACAUGUAUGAAGUCGUUCAGUGUCGUUUGUGUUGAAUUCUCAGGUCUUAUAUUGUGAUGAGAGAAGCUGAGUGUGUUGUUCUGUAUUUUUCAGGAACAAAAGUCCUUCAACAUCAGGUCGUGUUGAUGCUGUAAAAAUGUAACUGUUGUAUUUCCUGUCAGAGUUUUGUGUCGUCGUCUGUUAACUGAUUGAUCAGAGAGAAGCAGGAGCAGAGCUGGAUGCUUCAUUUGUGUUUGAAUAGAUUAAAAAAACGUGAAACUUGUAUAAUAAAGGUUUAAUUUUGGA